GCGACUUGUGGGGUCUUCUACCUGGUGUGAUUGCAAUGAUCCUUGUCUCCUGAUCCUCAAAAGAACCUAUAUCGAAUGCCUUUCGUCAAAGCAGUAUAGAUUCUUCUGUCAUGUCCAUCGAAUAACCAAAAUGAACAUCAACGUUAAGCGAUUUGGGCUGACGGCCAUUCAUAACCCUCCCGAGACGGCAACAGUUGACAUUGUCUUAGUCCACGGGCUCAGUGGCCAUCCAAAAGAUACAUGGACUAGCGACACGGGCACUUUUUGGCCUACUGAUUUGUUACCACAUGCACUGGGCCAGUCUCGGGCUAGAGUGCUCACUUAUGGGUACGAUGCCUCUGUUCAAGCAUUUGCAGAUGGUAACGGUCUUGGAAUACAUGCCAUUACAAAAACUCUGGUAUCGACACUCGUAGCGAACCGAAAUUUUCAAGGAUGCUCUGAGAGACCUAUUAUAUUCAUUUGUCAUUCCCUCGGGGGUCUCAUUGUUAAAAGAGCUCUCAUUUAUUCGCACUUAGUAUCGAGCAAGGGAGUGGAGCUCCUGAGAUCGAUUUUUGUAUCAACAUAUGGAUUAAUCUUUCUGGGAACCCCACACGAUGUUGGCGAUCGUGGACAAUGGAGCCUGAUUCUGCAAUAUCUAUGUGAAGCAGUUCUGCCCCAGCAAUUCCUCCAAUAUUCCCCACACCUUAUAAAGACCUUGAGUGACAACAACGGAACUAUACGGAACACCAACCGCCUUUUUGUAGAUCUGUGGAAUAGGUUCCAUGUUUUUUUCUUUUACGAAACCAAGGGCAUCGGUCUUGAAGAAUACAAGUGUGUGGUAGUGAAUGAACACAAUGCUGCCCCAAUCGUUGAGGGCGCUGAGCGUGCCGGAAUUGCAGCCGAUCACGUCCAUAUGUGCAAAUUUGACCAUGCAAGCGCCCUAUCCUGGAAAAUAAUGGCGGAAAUUCUUUCGAGAUACUGCACCGAGGCACCCCGCAUCAUCGACGCUCAAUGGCUUGAGGAAAAGCGGGAGAGAGAUAUUUUGCACCGUCUACCGAAGACAAGCCCGAUGGACAGAAAUUUGGAGCGCAGCCCAAUAUCGUUGUUCCAAGCCUACCAGAAAAACCUUUGUGGGAUGUACAACAAAAGCCAGAGCCACAACCACUUUUUGUAG